UUCGUCGACAGUGUACACGUCAGGUGUCAACAAAGAUGGUGUCUCUGGCGGAUAUCUUGCCACCUGUGAGUGCACCAGUGUGGGACCGUGAGAGUGAUGAGCGCCGCAGACGCCACCAGCAGGCCCAACAGCAGCAGCAGGCCUUAGUCACUGCUUCUCGAGCAGCACCACCAUAUGGCCACAGAAAAGGAUGGUUACCACGCUCUCAGGAGGAUUUUGGAGAUGGCGGAGCAUUCCCCGAAUGCCACAUAGCUCAAUAUCCUUUAGGAAUGGGUAAAGGUGGAGGAGACAGUGGUGGAGGAGGAGGAGGAUCAACUUCUAAUGCACUGGCAGUUCAGUUAGAUGACAAAGGCAAAGUUAAAUAUGAUGUGUUGGCCAGACAAGGCCAUGCAAAAGACAAGAUUGUUUACUCCAAACUGACGGAUCUUUUGCCAUCGUCCAUCACCUCAGAAGAUGACCCAGAGCUCCAGCGACCAUCCAUAGAAGAAAUAGAGGACACCACAGAGAAAACGAGACAAGCGUUAGAGAAGCUCACUCAGGGUAAGAUAUCAUCAGCCAUGCCAGUAAGAUGUGCAGAGAAGCAAGCACCAGCCCAGUACAUCCGUUAUACACCAUCGCAACAAGGAGUGUCUUUCAACUCGGGGGCCACCCAGCGUGUCAUCCGAAUGGUUGAGCAGCCCAAGGAUCCGAUGGAACCCCCCAAAUUUAAGAUUAACAAAAAAGUACCGCGAGGACCUCCGUCCCCUCCAGCCCCGGUGAUGCAUUCUCCAACACGCAAGGUUACAGUUAAAGAACAGCAAGAAUGGAGAAUACCACCGUGUGUUAGUAACUGGAAGAAUGCUAAAGGUUAUACCAUUCCUCUUGACAAGCGAUUAGCAGCAGAUGGCCGAGGUCUUCAAUCAGUUCACAUUAAUGAAAAGUUUGCCAAGCUUGCUGAAGCUUUGUACAUUGCUGACAGAAAGGCCCGAGAACAGGUGGAGAUGAGAGCUCAAAUAGAGAAGAAACUGGCACAGAAAGAGAAGUUCAGAAAGGAGGAGUCGCUCAAGGUACUGGCUAAGAAGGCACGAGAAGAACAUGCAGGACUUCGCCCAGUCACUGCAGGUCCCACCGAUGAUGCAGAAAGAGAGAGAGAGAAACUCCGUCAGGAUCGUGCUCGGGAACGUAAACGUGACACUGCAGUAGCAAGUGCAGCUGCAGAUAAACGAGGUAAACUAGCCAACCGUGAGCGUGAUGUAACAGAACAGAUUGCCUUGGGCUUACCCCAGAACACAGCUGGGGGUGGUGAAGCUCAGUUUGAUCAGCGUCUCUUCAAUCAGUCGCGAGGUAUGGACACAGGUUUUGGUGACGAAGAAGCCUAUAAUGUUUACGAUGCACCUUGGCGUGACACGGGAAAUAUUGGUUCAAAUAUCUACCGGCCCACCAGGACAGCAGAGAAUGAUUAUGGUACAGGAAUAGAGCAUCUCAUGUCCACCAAUCGCUUUGUCCCAGACCGUGGAUUCUCUGGUGCAGAUUCUGGUACAAGCAGGUCUGGUCCAGUGGAGUUCCAGAGGUUUGGACCUGGAGAUGAGAAAGAUGAAGAUGACUUGUUCGGUGUCAUUGGUCUGCUCUCAGAGGCUAAAAAGGCCAGCAAGAGAAAUUCAAAUUCUGAUGACCGUGGCCGAGAUGACCGUGACAAGAGGAGGAAAAGAGACUGAGGUUAAAUAUUGUAAAAAUUUUAUAAUGUGUAUGAUCACAAGUUCCAUCAGAGUUAUAACAUUUGACGAAGGCCUCAGAUCUGAAGGUUCUGUGUCAACUGUUGGGAUACUAUGUACAUAUAUUUUUGACAUCACAAGUUCUAUAAUUUUUUUACUCUUUGAUUUAUCAUCAUUGAAAACUGCACCUUGAUGAAUACUUUGUAGUGCAUCAAGUGAGCUGUCAUUGUGCUAUAUGUGAUGAUAAAUGGUCAUAGCAUCUGGUUACUGGACAUGAUGGGGAAGGAGGCUUUUUUAAUACUGUCUGUAAAAAUACAUUAUGACAAGAAAAAUUCAGUUUUAUGCCAUGUAAGUAUGUCUGUCCUUUUUAAUUUGGCGAUGACUCGGUUAUUUGUGUAGUACUAAAUACUUAUGCCAUGGAAGACAGAAUAAAGUGUAUGAGAUUUAAACAUUUUCUUCAGUAGCUACUAAAUUAUAGUACUCUAGUUUUUUAUGAAACUCGCAUAAGAAUAAUAUAAAUAUUAUCUUAAUGAUAAUUAGACAUUAAAUCAUCUUAAAUAAUUAGAGGAGCUGAGGCUAUCUUUAAGUGUUGAAUAUUACUAAAAACAAAAGGAUCGAAUUGCAAGCAUCUGACAAAUGCUUUUUUUAUUUUCAAAGCAAAACCAGCAAGCAGAGCUGCUGGGUAGUCUCCUUUGUGGGUGAACUUUUAGUUGUUGAGAUGUAUGAUAUCUAAAUAUUUAAGGACAGAAUCUUAAUGUACACAGUACCAAGCUUUGAAUGGGGAAAUUGUCUUUAUGAUAAAGACUUAGUACCAUUGAUAUUCUUUCAUGUAUUUUUAAAGAACGGAUGGCUGUGGCAGCAACUGUAGACUGGAUGUCAUAGUGACAUUUGGGUAAUGGGAGGGAUUUUUGUCAUUGACUUCCUUGGGAAUGUUUGUAAAUUCCUUUUUCAGAAAUAAUGUUUGUACAGCUAAUUCACUAUUGAUACUGAAGUAUUUUUCCUUUUAUAUAGGUUAAACCCUUGUACAAAUGUAAACUUCAAGGAUUA